AUGCAGUUUCUUAAUGGUUUACUUCAUAAGGAUACUAACUAUGAAUGUGAUUGUUCGUUAUGCUGGGAUACUGUAGCGGCUACGGAAUCACUUGAUUGGAUAACUGUAUCUCUCAUGGAAUGUCCGUUACGAUUCAAUGAUACCACAUUGCGAAAACGGAUUGCUAAUUGGAUCAACGAGGAAUGUGGUGCAUCGCUGAAUUGUGGAUUAAAAGGUCAGCUGAGCAAAGAUCAAGUGAUCAUUGGGCAUUUUGAAUGUGAAACCGACAAGAACGAACUUCGAUUGGUAGCACUCCUCAAUGAAUCGCAAGGAUUGCGACCUGAAAAUGUGCUGCCAGCUCACUUGCUAGGAUUAGUACUACAAUCCAGAGAGCAUCUUUUAUCUUUCCUUCUUCAUUCGGAAAUCCUCGCAGCAACCGUACAUCGCCGUUUGAAGGGAACCCCCUUCUCGGAAACCGUUACCAGUAGUACAGCCCUGGUCGCGGCAGUUGUUCUGGCCGCUUUCGUCUUCCUUACGCUGUUACUGAUCUAUUUCUCACAAAUUUACGUGAAUUGGGGACGUAUGGUUAAAGGUGAAUGGCAUCAUAAACAAUAUCGGAAGGUCCCACAUGUUCAAUAUAGUUCGGAUGGGAUUACGGUAAAUGGACAAUUACGUACACGAAUUAUUUGA